UGAAAACGUAGCAUACCUAGCAAAAGAGAUAUGAACGUGAGUGACCGUACUCAGUGUGAAGGGAUGAGGAGGAUAUAUACCAUUUCAGUUGCAUGAACUGUUUCAGUGUCUUGUGACGUAGAGGGCUACAUGUAUAUUAAUUUGAUGUCCAUCAAUUACGACGAUUAUUUCUGACAGAGUCUGUGAACAUUAGGGAGGAUUUUUUUUCAAUGAUGCGACGAUUCAGUAAUAUACUUAUAUUUUGAUUGAGUGGAGUGGUCAUACAUUGGAAUGAUUACAAGGUCAUUGUCUUCCCCUGAAGUGUCUACUUAAAGAGAAAAGGAAGUUUCACUUUUACUCACUUGAAGUCGUUUCAGAAGACGUUAAACAAUCAGACAUGGAUAAAUGCUAGUUUUUUUCAAGUAUUAUAAGAAUAAUUAACAUUUUAAUCAGUGGCAUGAUCAUGAGAGUUAGAAAUAUGAUAUUACUUUAAACAGAGCCAGUCGGGGAGUAUCGGUUUUACCAACAAGAUGGACAAGCGAUAUCUACUCACCCCAAUAUACGGGGUGCAAGAUGAACGAUUCCUUGUGAUACACUCAACAGCACUUGUUUUUAUAGGAAUGAGUUUCGUUUGUGCUGGACUGGUCAUUUUCACCUCAUUCAAAAACAAGAAGAAUUCCAGUUUCUUUAACGGUUGGAGUAAGUGUGAUCGGUUCAUAGUGUAUAUGGCCGUGUGUGACAUCCUUCUUCAUUUGGUCCACUGCACAGACCAUAUCCACAUGCUGGUGAUCCGUGACCAUGUCCAUCCAAUACAACUAUGCGAAUUCUAUGGAUUUGUCCUGUACGAGUUCGCCAUGGCCCAGAGCUCAUUGGUUUUUAGUAUAGCAAUGAAUGCCUUUCUCCUCAUCAAGUUUAAUGUUAACUUAAAGUAUGGCUUCGGGGACUGGAGACUGCUGUCGGGGGUUUUGGGAGUACCAUUCCUGUUGUGUAUAUUGUUGGCGAUGUUUCGGAAACUCGGCCCUACAGGCACUUUUUGUGGUAUUGUGGGAGAGAGCGUGGUGACGUUUAUAUCUACACUUCCGGUUCUGUUGGUGCUGAUCAUUAACAGUGUGCUGUACACAGUCACGUGGAAGCACAUACGGAUAGCCGGCAGGAGAGCGACAGUUUCCUUAAAGAACCAGCGAUCACAAGCAAGGAGAUCACAGAGAGCGGCUCAGAACAUGCUACUCUUUGUUACAGCUUACCUCAUCCAGUGGUGGGCCCUACCCGUGUAUGGUGUCUGGCAGUUGGUCGGUGAUGCUCCAUUUGAGCUGCUGGAACUUCUGGCUGUAUUUACUAAUAUGGGAGGAAUACUAAAUGGUGGAGUGUAUUUGAUUCAUAAAAAAUCGCGCGUUGCCAAAGUUGAUGCCGUUUGUCCUGAAAAUGACGGAAACGGAAAUGACAGAAGUCCCCCGUCCGGACAAACCCAAUGUAGCUGAUAGAUGGAACUAUUUUUUGUACAAAGUUUGAUUGUUUGCUAUAUUUUUCUAUGUAUUGUUUUAUAAACAACGAAAAGGUCCCGGAUAUAACUGUUGUUCUGUACAUGCUACAUGUAAACAAGCCUUAUUACUGUUACAUGUAUUAAGAAUUAAGUGCGUAUGGUGUUUGGACAUUAAAUUUCAUAUGAAUAAAGGUUUACCUUAUAAUCCGAUACAAUUCAACAUAUGACCACCAUAAUCAUAUUACAACGCAGAUUUGACUUAAUUAAUAUACUUACAUUCACAAAAUGUUUACUUUUAUAGAAAGAAAUUGAACAGACUUUUUUUCCGCUGGUAAAAAUUGCUUAAAGAAAAAAAUAUAUACACUUGAAAAAAUUCGAAUUGCUUGAAAGUCUAAGAGUGAAAAGCUAGAUCUGACAGAGACAGAGUAUUCUUAUUUCUUUCUGGCGAUAAGCACGCUAGCAAGGAGGUUAAUGAUCUAAAUCACAGCUUGCAACAGCCAAAUCGAUAGACUCUAUCUUCUUGCGACACGCUAGUUCGAAAAGUUAAUAAAUCAAAUGCUGACUUUAUAUUUUACUGUGAUAAUCCAGAUCACUGACAUUUACUGUUAGAAACAUUUCACUCCACAAUUAUUUUAUUAUAACCUUUUAUCGGCCAGUCAUAAGUGAGAUAUUCGUUGUUUCAUUAUGAUUUAUGUACAGCCCGUUCGUGGCAAUUAUAUGACGUUCACCGGGUUUUUUUUCUUCUUAAAAAUAGUAAAAGCUCUAAAAUUCUUCAAAGUUUAUAACCAUCAUAAUGGUAUACAAUAUAAAACUUUCAGAAUAGAACAAUGUCAAGUGAUGUCAUCAAUAAAACUGGCGUUUAUCGUUGUAAGUUUGCAUUUGAGAUAACUUAGAAAAAAUAACACUAAUAUGUUUUUCCUAUUUCAUUUUAAACAUAAAGCCACAAGUCAGUGUGACACAAAUACCAUCAAACAAGAACGAAUAUUUUUAAGUUAAAAAUUUCAUGAGUUAAGUUUAAAAUGUUAAACAUGUUCAUAAAACAUCAUUUGUAAAUAGACCAACAAAAUGAUCUGUUAAUAAGUUUCACAAAGCCCUGCUAUAAAAUUGUCAAUCCUUCAGAAAGUCGGAUAAAAUAUAUUGAAAUAAAUUAAAAGACCAGGCAUUAGAUAAAAUAACAAGCAUAUUAAAAAAAACCAACAAAAAAAAAUACAAAAAAAAAAACCCCAAUGCGCCUGCUGAAAUUUUGUAAACAGAAAGCUAUAC